AUUCAAUGACGACUGCACCAGCAGUACACCAAAAAUUAUUUAUAUUUGAGAAAUACUCUAAGGAACUGUGAUAUUCAUUUUACGGCUGACCACAGGAACUUCAGCUCCUGGCACUGUUUUCACUCGACAGCCUUUGGAAAUUAACAGGACAGAAUGGUUUGGCUCCUCACUCUAAUAUUAGGACUACCUCUUCUCCAGCAACCUGUCACUUCCCUUGGCUCCAACUUAACACAACCUAUAAGCCACAACAACCUGAGCAUCCAGGCAAUUGGUGACUUUCCAAAAACUCUACCUGCAUCACUUAACACAAGCUGGAUUGAGGAAAGAGAUGACAACAGAUUUACCAAAGACCUGCUUUUACCCCUUCUGCCUAACUUGAGUACAAAUGAGGGAUCUGGAGGAAGUGGACUUCAGCAGAGCCUUGAGGUCAUGCUGCCCUCUACUGGUCUACUGGAGAUGGACAUGUUCAUUCCAGACAGAGCAGAGAAACAAGAUUUUGACAUGCAAGAGUUAGGCACUCACCCUGCCCCUCCAACUCCACUUAAACUAACCCAGCAUAUUGAUGAAGAUGAUCAAGAUAUAAUUUUAGCAAAUAAUAACAGUGCCUCCGAUCAAGCUACUUCCACAAUGGCUGUUCAGUUGACUACACACAUCCACACCCACAUAAAUAACAAUGAGAGAUUGAACAAAGACCAACCUUUGUUGACAACCAUCAAACCAAUUACAGAGGCAAACAGUACAGGAAAGUCUCCAGUCAAUAUGUAUUUAGUGACAUUUAAUAUAGAUAUAGAGGUGAACAACAAAGAAGACAUGGAGGCUUCUCAAGAUACAGAGUUUGUUGCAUCCACACAGAAUUUAAGCUCAACCACAAAGCCUGAAAUGUUGGGAAACAAUGGCGCCUUUGUGACACAGUCUGGCUCCAUCCAAGGGUUCCUUGAUCUCGCAGUGGGAGAGGAACGUUAUGGCACCAACCAUCCGCCUGCAGCCACACCUCCAUUACAGACUGUUAAGGAGAGACGUGAAAAGACUACAUCUGAUACAGCUAAGAGAGCAGGGAAGAGGAAACCGGUGUCACGGUGGAACAGGCUGUUGGACAGGUUACCAAUGGGGCCUUGGAGGAGACCGGAUAGGAACUGGGUUGAACUGUUGCCGAAUAACUGGAAAGAUCACAAGCAGUCUCGUGCAAAUGUAAGCCAUUCGGUCAUCCAAAACCAAGCAACACCAGCGACCUCAAUAAUGACUGUGCAUGACAACGUUGAGAGUAUUGGCAGAGGUGUCCUAUACAGCAGCAGUUAUGACCAUCACGCCUCUCCUCUGUGGACUAGUGGUGUGGAAUGGCAAGAACGCGAGUGCUUUCUUUCACUUAUUGAGUUUGACCUUCACCCCCCUUCACCCGUCAACCUCCAUCACAGCAUUGACAAGGCCCUCCAUCAUGCCCACUCGCUUGGUGUUGGUACCCUUUUCACCCCUUCAGCACCCUCCUGGACCCAAAAUGAAGGAUCAGGUGGACUACUCUGUGAUAAUGUUGUAUCACCCUCCUCCCCAACUAACAAAGUCUAUAGCUGGGCUUUAGAUAAUGGCUUGAGUUCUAACUCAACUCAGCAUCUUGGCACUGCAAUACAACAGACUCAAGUGUCUGUGAUUGAGCCCCCGGCUUCCUUAACUCCAGAGACUGUUAGAAAAGUGUGGGAGAGACAUACGGCCAUUCCAAGAGUCACUGUGGAUGAUGACAACACCAGCAUAGUGAGUGAAGAUGACGUCACUAGUUUUUGAACCACUAAGAAGUUUAGCACUUUGGCACUUUCCAUUUGCAAAAUUUAAGUUCUUCAUAUUUUAAAUAGACAAUAAUCUUACUAUUCAAGUAAUUUGACUCUUACAUUCUUAUAGACUGGAGUGUAAUGAAUACAUUAAAGAGGAGUAAUUAGUCAUUUUAAAAGCUCUCUCCCUGC